ACAUGUCUGCUGUUUGUUGAAACUGAAGUAACACAUUGGACUCAGAGGAGCAAAGGCUUAAAGUGUCAAUAAUUUCGAGCUCGUCUACUUCUCACAGUCCGUCCUCUAACAGACUGGAACAAAACCUCAUCACAUCCACUCGACAUGGCUUUCUCCCUCCGCGCGGCAAAUCUGGACGACUGCAAAGACAUCGCGCGGAUGAUCAUGGAACUGGCAGAGUAUGAAAACCUGGCAGAGCAUGUGAAAGUGACCCAGAAAGACUUGGAGCAAGAUGGCUUUUCCAAUAACCCGUUGUUUCAUGGGAUCAUCGCUGAGGUGCCAGAACAGCACAAAACCAAAGAAGGGCACACAAAGAUCGGCUAUGCGCUUUAUUUCCAUGCUUACAGCUCCUGGUCAGGCAGAGCCAUUUAUAUGGAGGACUUGUAUGUGAUGCCUGAGUUCAGAGGGAAAGGCGUUGGUAAAGCACUAAUAAGCAAGGUGGCACAGCUGGGUCUGGCUGCUGGUUGCCACCAGCUCAACUUCACCGUCCUGAACUGGAACAAACCAUCUGUGGACUUUUACCUCAGCCAGAGCUGCUUCGACAUCACUGCUAGAAUGGGCUACCACUGCCUGCGCUGCGAGGGGGAGGCACUGAAGCACCUGGCUCAACUUUAACCUAUUCAUCAUGACCUUGUGACUUUUGCAGCCAUGAGCUUGUCUCUGACAUCCCCCGUUACAUGGAACCUGGCCUUCAGUUUGGAGAUGCUACUAGGGGUCACACCAAAUACUGCUGCAACUUGGUUUUGCAGAACACCAGCUUGAACUUGUCUUAUACUAUUGUCCUAUAUAGAUCAGUCAUACAUGGCAUGCUUGUAGGACGCACAGUCUCACAGGAGCUGCUAAUCAGGCGCCUGACUGUCACCACCUGGGGUACCAGCAGUUCAAAACAAAUCACUAAUGUUUUUGUUCUUCUUUGCUUAAUUUUUUGCCUGUAGUCAGGAGGUGUCAGUACUGGUUAUCAUGACAGAGUGGCUCAUCACCCGGAGCUACUACUGUAAUCACUGCCUCUGGAUUUCAUUUGGCUUUUGGUAAAAGGAGUUUAUAAUCAGCUGGACUUUGGCCUGUCAGACUGAUCUGAACUGUUGGUCUAGAUUUUGAAUAGAUAUAAAAAAUUCAGCUGCAUUAUGGACAUAUAAAAGUAUGAUCAGAUCAUGAUCCACCAUUUAAUAUCAUCUGUGGAGAGUCUGACAGGGAACAGCUUUGUUUUUAAGCAUCACUCCAUGAUCCCAAACAUACCCAAUGCAGUACCAGAAAAAAGAAGUGCUCUUGUAAACAGUGGAUAAAUGCUGCUCCAUCAUAUAUCCCAUGGGUGAAGUUUGUACUUUAACACACCCAUGUAGCGGCAACCUUCGGUCCUUCUUUGCCGCUUCUGCAGGACGUAAAGUUUCUGACUCGUGCUGUUGUUGAAUCACUUGUGUGCCUUUCGGUAGCAAAAACAAGGGUAAUGUAAAAAA